AUGUCGUCUCUUCGCCGGCGUAUACGGCCAGCUAGCCAUGAUUUUGUGCUAAGAAGGCCCCCACCUUCCCACCGGCACUCAGGGCCCUCUGCUCCUUGGCCUUGGAUCAAUCUCAAUGAUGAGGUCGACGACGAACAGCUCAAAUCAGAAGCACCCCCCAUUCCGGAGCUGUGCAACCAUGUCGACUGCAACGGCUGUUGGAAAGGCUAUCCUCAGUCACGUUUCCCGAACUGGACACCUUCUCAAGUCAGACGCAGUCGGAUACUUUAUGCCAUUAAAGAAUACGACCGGACCAUCCCAUGCACGAUUCAUCAUGUCGACGUUGACGACCGCGGCUUUUUUAUGGACUCAGGGAAGAAAGAGGCUACAGAGCAAACGAAGGAUGACUUCUGGGAGCAUCUUAUUCACCACCACAGGCCGACGAACACGCGUGUCCGGGCGCUCUUUGUUGAAAACAUGUCAGGGCCAGUGCUACAAAUGCUUGGCGCAAAAUACAACAUAGAACCGUUCUUCUUCUCAUCAUCACUAUCAUGGAUACCAUCGCGCUUCCAGGAAGAAGUGAGACCGGGAAGGGGAGACCAUAUUACUAUUACAUUAACGUUUCUCAAAACCAUGGAUGCAAUCGUCGCGAGCGAUUCUACUUCGUCAGCAGCUAGUGAAGACACUCUCGCUCCAGGUGAGCAAGUAAUCAACACCCAAGCCCCUUUGGUCCUGCGGUCCGGCGAUGGCUGCUCCCUGGUACUCGAUCUACUUGCAGUUCAUCUCAUUCGAAACGUAGAAGGCAAUACCCUCAUAUCAUACCAUAAUUCUGACCGCGAGGCAACAUCUGCCCCAUAUCUUCACGAACGUAUACGCUUUGCAGGCCAAAGUGUCUAUUGGCAAAAUAUAUUUCAACGGUCUUCGGACCCUACAUUCGUCCUCCUGACGUUCAUAUGGCACGCCGUGUAUGCUUGGGACGAAGCGCUUGAGGCUUUGUAUGCGCACAUAUGUUGGCUAGAAAUUAGUGUCUUAGAACCCUCAAAUAUCUUUCUCACACGUGAACUACACAUUAUACGUGCGCAUCAUUUGCACUAUUCUUCUUUAUUGGAAGAUAUGAAGAAGGCCGUUACAUUCACACGCGAUACCCCGAAUCCGGCUAUGGACAAUGUACCCGAAGAGGAAAAACAGUUUAGUCGGACACUGUUGGAGAAGGAAUGUCGAAACCUGCUUUCGGAAAUCGGCCGACUAGAAAUGAGUCGACGGAUGCAGGAUAAGCGACUUAAAAAUGUCAUGAAUCUAGUGUUCAGCAGUGUCAAUAUUAACGAUAGCAAACGUAUGAAGGAGUUAACGGAGGCUGCUGUAAGGGACAGUGCGGCGAUGAAACAAAUAGCAUAUCUCACUAUGAUCUUCCUCCCCUCUUCGUUCGUCGCUGGCAUUUUUGGAAUGAAUGUCCGAGAGAUCACCGGCACCCCCCAAAUGAAUGGGAGUCUACCAUACUACUUUAUAACGGCUGCUCCCCUCACGUUCUUGACGAUAUGGAUCGUGAUGGCUUUCCAGAGCAAAUAUCUCAUUGACUCUUCAGCCACAUUUUGGAUGCGCCUUGUGUGGCCGUGGCUGCUGUACAAGAAGGUGUUUAUGACCCAGAAGAAGAAGGAGAAGGAGGAUGUAUCGUUGGAUACAUUUAGGGACCUUGGGGCGAAAUGA